GACAUGAACCCUCGAAAAUCAGACAAGGGAUUUUGGGUUUGGUGGUAAAGAGGGUGGGAGGCUUUUUGCUUCUUCUUCUUCACAGCAGCUCUCUCUCGUCUCUAUGUCUCUAAAAAAAGGCGCUAGAGAUUGGAGAGAGAUAUGCUAUUGGGGUGGUGGUGGUGGAGGCGUUGUUCCGGACGGAGCAGCAGCAGCAGAACGGCGUCGUGCGAUGGUCGUCGUCAACGUUGAUGGGCCUGCAAUUUCAAUUGCAGAUGAGUUGGCAGCCGAGUCUACUGAGUCACAAGCGCAAGACGGGCCCACCUCUAGGGUUAAGGAACCUCGGCAACUCUUGUUACCUCAACAGCGUCCUUCAGUGCCUCACCUACACCCCUCCUCUCGCCAAUUUCUGCCUCCGCAACCAACACACCUCUCUCUGUGACUCUUCGGAUGCGGAGCGGAAGCGCGACUGUCCAUUUUGCAUUUUGGAGAAGCGAAUAGUGCGCUCGCUCAGUCUGGAUCUCAGUCUAGAUGCGCCGCAGAAGAUACAGAGCUGUCUCAGGAUUUUCUCCGAACACUUUCGGUGCGGUCGCCAGGAAGACGCCCACGAGUUUCUCCGCUACGUGAUCGAUGCUUGCCACAACACCUGCCUUCGCCUCAAGAAGCUGCGGCGCACUGCCAGCUCUAAUGGCAAUGGCAACGUGGCCAAUGGCAUAGGCAAUGGGACGACGACGUCAACUGUGGUGAAGGAGAUAUUCGGGGGAGCUUUGCAGAGCCAGGUGAAGUGUCUAUCCUGUGGCACAGAAUCCAAUAAGGUUGAUGAGAUAAUGGAUAUUAGUCUUGAUGUUUUUCAUAGUAAUUCGGUUAAAGACGCCCUGCAAAGGUUCUUUCAGCCUGAGCUUUUGGAUGGCCAGAACAAGUACAAAUGCGAAAGUUGUAACAAAUUGGUGGCAGCAAGGAAGCAAAUGUCUAUUCUUCAAGCACCCAAUGUUCUUGUUAUCCAACUUAAGAGAUUUGAGGGUAUAUUUGGCGGGAAGAUUGAUAAAUCUAUUUCAUUUGAGGAUGUUUUGGUGCUCUCAAGCUUCAUGUGCAAAGCAAGCCAGGAUCUGCGGCCUGAGUAUAAGCUUUUUGGCACUAUUGUGCAUUCAGGCUUCUCACCAGAGUCUGGUCACUAUUAUGCAUAUAUUAAGGAUGCCAUGGGUCGGUGGUAUCGCUGCAAUGAUUCAUUUGUCUCGCUUUCCACCUUGCAAGAGGUAUUAUCUGAAAAGGUUUACAUCCUUUUCUUCUCUCGUACCAACCAAAGGCCAGCAGCUAGCACUGCUUCCAAUGGAGUGAGUUCUCGUGAUUGUAAUGGCCGUGAAACAUCUAAAAGCCCAAAGCCUGCUCUUCCACCGAAAGGAGCACAAACAAAACCUUAUGAACAGUCUUCUUGGAAGGAUAUCUCAGCCAUAUCUAAGGUUGAUAAAGCGCCUUCUAGCCCACGGAUGAAGUUUAAUAUCAGUGGAAAUUCUAGCUCCAAAAGAGCUCCUGCAACUAAUAAUGGAAAAUUUGCUUGCAAGAAUCAAUCCUUAGGAUCAAACGGGGAAAGAGCUCCUGGAACUGAUAAUGGAAAAGUUGCUCACAAAAAUCAAUCCUUAGGAUCAAAUGGGGAAAGACCUCGGACAACUGAUAAUGGAAAAAUUGCUUAUAAGGAUGAAGCAUUUCGAUCAGAUGGGGAAAGAACUCCUGCUACUGCUAAUGGAAAAAUUGCUCACAAGAAUCUAUCUUUAGGAUCAAAUGGGGAAAGAGCACCUGCAACUGAUAAUGGAAAAAUUGCUUACGAGAAUCGGUCCAUAGGAUUGAACGGAGAUGUGAAGGACCCAGUUAGUUUGGAGAAACGUGAGAAAGCUAAGACAUCUUUGAUAAACAAGGAUGGUUUACACAGAGAUAAAAAGUCUGAUAUUAUUGGUGGUAACAGUAGCAAAGCUUCUUUGUUAUCACGAGAAAAUGGUGGUACUGGUUCAGUAAAAACUGAACUCUGUGAAGGUAUUGGUGCACGAGACAGGUUGACAGCAGGGGAAGUGCCUGAUCACAGUGAAUUGGAUAAUAGUGGUCUCCAUGGCCACUCUGGGGUCUCUGGGCCCAAAAGAAAAUCUCAGGAUUCAUGCAUUUUGUUUGCACGUGAUGAUCAAUCCCGGGCAGAAGUUGAAGGACUGAAGGAAAUUCUCAAGAAAGAAGCUUCUUCAGUUUUGCGAUCAUGUGGCUGGUCGGAUAAAGUGCACAGUUUUAUGCGUUCAAAGAAAAGGUUAUGUGCACAGCAAGUUGGAACCGAUCUGAACAGUGAUGAAGUGAAGAAGUUGUUGAUCGUGGAUUCCAAAUCAGCUUUUCUUUCACAAAUACCCGAGUCUUUGAGAGCGGACUUGGUCAACCGUAUUCGAUCAUUUAGCCAAAAAUAGUGUCAUUAAUUUGGUGCUUUGUCAACUCCGAACACGUGUUAGCUGGCGGGAAUUGGUGUGUGAAUUGUAUAAAUCCUGUUGUGGUGUUGAAGAUAUCACCCGAGCAAGGAGAGGAUUGUGAUAUAAACUGAGCUCUUCUUCGGCAAGUGCUGGUGUCAGCGGUCAUGCUUUGCCAACAGCGAUAUACUUUUGUAGAUGCAUCAUGUCAAGUUGAGACGAAAGUGGUGAUUCAAAUCUUGCCGAAGUUGUUUCUUCCUUUGAGGCUGUGUAGUUGGUUUUGGGCAGAGAACAAAGUCAAGAAUUCUAUUCAUUAUGUACGAUAUCCUUUUGGCAGUAUAAUCAGUAUUUAGCCCUCAUUGUUAUGGAUCAUCACUGUUUUCUUCUUCAAAAUGUGAUCCGGUAGUUAGAGAAACAUGGAUAACUAAGUUCAACCAUCUAAAAUAGUUAACCUUUUCUGUUCACAUUUUUUUAAUGACUUUGUUUGUUGGUGGUUUCUUUACUUUAUUAUUACUUGGAACAAGUUAUUUGUUGGUGUAUGCUGCACUGGAAA